UUACCUAUUUACAUAUUUGCACAUAGGCAGGCCACCGAGUAUUUGCCACUCGAAAAAAGUGUUACCAAAGUGCUUUCGAACUCGUUAAUUCGCCCGAAAAGCGAACGGUGCGCCCCCCACAAAAAUGUUAUAUAAUGCAAAAAUUAAUGCCCCGCAUCUCGGGGAGUUUUUCGCUCGCCCAAAACGCCGUUCGAUUCGCAGGGCAUAGGAAAAAGCCCGAAAGAAAACCCAAAACCCGCUAAGAGUGUUCCAAAGUUUUCGUGAUACGUUCCGGGCUUAUAUAAGCGGCUGUUGUACUGAAAUGAAAGGAUCCCUCAGCCAGCACACGCACCAACAAAAAAAAAGAGAAAAUCCUUAUACAUAUACACCUAGCCACGAGUGUGUGUGCGUUCGUGUGUGUGUGCGUGUGUGUGUGUGUGCGCAGUGUCAACGCAGCAAAUAAAACAAAAGUGAAAGUUAACACACAAAAGAGCGAAGGCAGAAAGCCUGCGAAAGAAAGCGAAGAGGACAAUCGAGGAUUUAAAUGAAACACGAAGAAGCUGAAUAAGAAUCUAUCGUUCUUUGUGAUACACACGUUCUCGAGGUCUUUUGUUCAAAAUCGGGGAGAAAGAAUAUGAUUUGGGAGUCUUUUUUGACUUAUUUAAAAUAUGCUUCGAUUUCCACUUCUUGGAUUCGAGCUCUACCACUAACACCAACAGCAGGCCAGAGAGAAAGCCAGGAGAGGCUCACACGCAUAGGCUUACCACCAACACAGCGAAAGGGGCGACUUCUUUUGGUCCUGCUGCCUCUGCUUCUUCUUCUUCUUUCGGUUAUGCCUCUUCUUGUUCCUAGCCAACUUCUUCUUCUUGGCUGAAAUCCGAGCAAAAAAAAAGAAGAAAAAGUGGCAAGCGGAGUGCUUGCCUGGCUGCCCUAAGUAACUACUCACGCACACACCCGCACACGCAGUACAAAAGGGAGAGAGAGAAAGAAAGAGAGCGAGCGUGGAUGCGUGUGUGUGUGUGUGUGUGGGUGGAUGAGAGAGCCACCGCUUACACCCACGAAUUCGAGUCCUCGUGCUCCUUGCGGAUGGAUCCCUGCGUUCGCUGUUUUUGUGUUUGCAGCGAAAGCCAACAAAAACAACCAGCGGCUGAGAGAAAGCAGAAAGAAGCAGAGCAGAGCAGCGAAUUAUAUAAAUUUCUUUGCACUGCCUGUCGCUGUAAGUGUGUGCGUGCGUGUGUGUGUUAGAUAUACGGGAUUUCCACGACCGUUUUUUUUCGGCUUUCUUCUUUUGUGCGGUGUUCGCGUUCGUUCGGUUAAACCGUUCAAAAGCUUCGGCAAAACGAAGUCCUUUUGGCAGAAAAAUUCUAAAUUAAAUUAAUUUAAAAAGGAUAAAAGUACAAUAAAACUGUUUCGAAAUGUUUUCAGUUUAACUGCUUCGAAAAAACGGAGUUCCCAAAACAUAUUCCUGCCCAUUAGCAUUAGCUUAAUGAUUUUGAGAGAGCGCAAAUAGAGCGCAUUGGGAAAUCGAGAGCGUGAGCGCACAGAAUAUUUUCGAACAUUCCCCCACUUAUUUUUUUUUUGACUGAAAAACACACAUUAAAAUCGGAAAAAUGCCCCUAAAAGUGCCUAACCACAACUUAUUUGUCUCCGUGCAGAUUUCUUAAUUAAUUAAUUAUGUGAGCAACCCAAACCAAACAAGAAUCAAGCAAAAACCAAUUCAACGAAGCAAACGAAUUUCAAAAUGUCCAAAUCCAAUUCCAAGGUUAAUGUGCACCACCAACAACCAACACAACAAUAAUAAUAAUUAAUAAUUAAGAGUAUUAUGAGAGCAGCAGCGGAGUGUUAAAUCGCGGCCCCUCAAUCGAAGUGCUGGUGACUCGAGUGCUGGUGAUUCGGAACCGGGAACCUGGGACUCUGGCCGGGAUUAAUGCCGCUGGAUGUGGACGACGCUGGGCAGCAACUGAAGCCGAAGCUGGAGCGGCUCUGGCGGGAUCAGCGGGAUCAGCAGGAUCGGCGGGAUCAGACGGACACCAGGAAUACCGCUGCGCAGCCCACACUUCUGAUGAUGAUGGGGCCAUGAGCCCAUCAUUACUCGCAUUGAAUUGGAGUCGCAAGCGCGUCUCAAGCGGGCCUGCACCAUGCUAGCACCGCCGAACCCGAGGUCAAUAUGCGGCCAGGACCCGGGCUGGUCGUGAUGGCGCUUGCGUUUAUUUCGGGGGCUCGGCGUGGCAGCAGCAGCAGCAUCAGCAGCUCAGCAACAGCGACACCAACAGCGGCAGCGGCAGCAACAACAUCCGCGACAUCCGGCGGCAGAGGGGGCAGAGGCGGGGUUGCACCCACGUUACCGUCCAUUGGCAGCUCUGGCUCGUACUUGCUGCCCAUCUUCCUGCCCCACCACCUCGACUUCGCGCUCCACUUCCAGUUGCCGCAGGAGUACGACCAGUACGACCAAUACGACCGGUACGGCCGGGAGCGGGGACACUCCGAGUCCUGGACGUCCUCGCGGAUCACGGACAGGCGGCAUCAGCGGCGGCGGCGACGCGAGAGCAGCAGCACCAGCAGCAGCAGCAGCAGCAGCAGUAGCAGCAGCAGCAGCAGGGACAUCGCAGGUAGGGCGGGCGGAACAGCAGCAGGAUCUGCGGACAAGGGAACUCAGGGAUCCGGGGUCACAGAGUCCAGCGAGGGGAGGAGCCAGCAGGAGGAGGAGGACCGCGGCCUGACCGUGCAGUUCCCCUCUUCGCAGGCCUACGACGAGGACCAGGACAUCUUUGCCCUGGUGGCCGAGGACGACCUGCUCUCCGAGGAGUCCUUCGAUCGCCUGAUCAAGCUCAACGAGGACGCCGACGAGGAGGACUACAAUCUUCAGCCGCGGCAGCAGCAGCAGCAGCAGAAGAAGCAGCAACAACCGCAUCAGCAACAGCAACAGCAACCCGAAGCGGAAACGGAAAUAGACACAGAGCCAGAGAGCGAAACGGAGACCGAGACGGAAACGGAGACCGAGACGGAGACGGAGAGAGAGACCGAGAGGGAGAGGGAGACAGAAACGGAAGCGGAAACAGAAACCGAACAGCAGCAGCAGGACGAGAGCCGACUGAUUGAUGAGGGCGUCCUGCAGCACAGCGACAACAGCGAGAGCCACAGCCACUCGAAGGAGUUCGCCAACAGCUACGAUAAUAACAAUAACAAACGGGAGGCCAGCGGCCACAUCCUUGAUGCCCAGACGGCCCAGCUGAUUGGCCACCAGGAUAGCAGCCAGUCCGCCGUGGCCACCACCGAGUCGGCGGGAGCCAGCACCACCACAUCCUUGCCAGCGCCCGUGGACCUGAAGAAGUCCAUUCUCGGCACCGCGACUUCGCUAACACGCCUUAAUCCUUGGAUAUCAGCCUGUGAUCUGGCACAGCCGGGCACAGCAACCGACUUGCAGGGUCAGUGCUCGGCUGGCACACUGCCCAUGGCCUGGGUCGAUGAGGGACCCGGGCCCCCAACCUGCCCGCGAUCCUGCGCCGAGCAGCAGCAACUGAAGCCAGCGGCCUCGAAGGCGAAGCGGAGCGCCACCAGUAACAAUAAAGUCAAGUACUUCGUAAACUAUAAGACAGCCCAGAUGCGUUUGCGGCGCGGUGGGGAGAACGCGAUGGAUCGGGACUCCGCCACCGAGAGCAACUCCCCGACGACCACCACCGACCAGGACCAGGACCAGGACCAGAUCCACGAUACGGAUGUGGAGGCAGAGGCGGAGGAGUCUUGGUCGCUGACCUCCACCACCACGGAGGAGGCGGUGCCGGAGCCGACGCUGGCCUACAGCCACCUGCACGGCCAGGAGCCGAUCCUGGUCCAGCAGCAGGAUGCGCGGGAGCAGGAGGAGCAACAACAGUGCCUUGAAUAUCUGGGCGAUUCCGCCGAGUCGAGUCCGCAGCACCUGUGCGGCCUGCCGACGCCAGGACACCUGCUGGAGCGGCUGAGGGUCCUGCGGCUGCGCAACUGCUGCGAGCGGAGCGUCUUCAGCGCCCUGCACACGCUGGCCCUCAACGCCAGCCUCUCCAACCGGAGCGAGUGCGUCCGCGUGCUCAGCGACCUGCUCGACGUGGACGGCCUGGCCAACAGGAUCACCUGCGAGCUGGCCGAGAUCCUGUUCCGCUUCGACUGCCGGCAGGUCUACUCGCUGAUCAACCAGUGCGACGACUGCAAGGAAGCAUAUCGUCGCUGGGUCUGCAGUACUCUGGUGCCGUACUUCGCCGAGCCAAAGGACGUGUCGCCGAAGCCGAAUCCGAAGCCGAGUUCGAAGGACGAGGGGCAGGGGCAGGGCGGCAAGGGCAAGCGCUCGGCGAGAAGUGCAGCGGGUCCGGCGGACGGAAUCAAGCAUAAAUCUCUGAAAUUAAUCAGCAAUAACAAUAAAUCAAAUAACGGCAAUAACAUGAACGAGCGUCAGAUUAAUCAGAAGCAUGACAAGAGCUCCAAUGCGAACGCGAAUGCGAAUGCGAACUCGCAGGCCAGCAAGGACAUUGACCGCAGCGAGGAGGAGACUGCUCGAAGGGACCUGGCUCAGACGUUCUACGACGCCGUUGGCCUCUCCCAGCCCCGUCGCGGAGGGGAGCCCCUCCUCUCCGGGGGCGGCAACCGGAACGGGAACGGGGGCGUGGCGCCAGACGAAGAACCAGCACCCGACGGCGGCUCCGAGCUCGAAACGGAUAUGGAUAAGGAUAAGGAUAAGGACACGGAAAGGGAAAGGGAAAGCGAAAGGGACGGGAACGGGGACAGGGAUGGGGAGACGGAUACGGAGGCUGAGGCCAAACAACAAUCCAAUAAUUUCAUAUCGACUGCCAAUAAUUCGGAUCCCAGAGCCACGGAUCCAGUGAUAUCAAAACUACAGAAGAGAUCAACACGCAAGACAGAGUUCCGUAAGCGGCGUCGAAUCCGGCCGUGUCUGAGCGUCUGCCAAACCGUGGAACAAAAGUGCCCCUACCUGCUGCCCGCCGAUCGCGCCCCCGCGCUGCCCACCCAAUAUGCCGGCGAGCCGACAUUUCUCUGCCUAGAUCAAAACAUUCCCGAGACCGGGGCGCAGCUGGAGAAGUCGAGCUACGGGCCCAACGACUGCUGCUACAGCUACUGCAACGGACCGGCCUCGGGGAUCUGCACCGUGUGCCAGGAGUUCAGCGAGGCUCGCCGGGAUCAGGAUCAGGAUAGCUCGGGCAACUCGACGCGCCGCGUGCACAACAUCACCAUCUCGCUGAGCUCGCAUCCCGGGGAGCACGCGCGGGCCAAGAGCGUGGCGAUCGCCCUGCGGAACGUGAGCCAGCCCGGCGAAGACCCGGACGCGGUGGAGUCGCUGCUCGACCGCCUGCCGUACUACGCCCGCCACGAGGGGACCUUCUACUACGACGAGGAGGGCGAGAUGCCGCAGGCGUCGCUCUCCGGCGACUGCGCCGUGGUGCCCAGCGUCACCUCCCGCUGCACGAUCCCGUACUACGCCUCCGGUACGGAGGCGGUGGCCAGGCCGCCCACGCAGCUGCUGGUCUGGCUGAGCGCCCUGCUCGGCCUGCUGAGCAGCUGCGGGGCGGCGCGCCAGCGGUGGAGCUGCCAGUGGAGCAGCGGUUGCGGCGGGUGCGGCGGCCACCGGAAUCGCAGUCGUCAGCCGGCGGUCGCCGCCUGCGCCGCCAGCUGCCACGAGCAGCAGCUGGUGAGGGCCAGGAGCAGCGGGUCGAAGACUCCCGCGGGCAGGAGGGAGCGGCCAAAGGAGGCGGCCACUGGCCCAGUGGUGCAGCCCAAGUCUGGGUGGCUGUGGGCGAGGUCCUGGCCCUCCUACAAGCUGGCCUGCAGCAGAGUGCGCUUCUUCAGCAGCAGGAGCAAGUUCAAAGGCGAGCUGGAGCCGCCCAGUCGCUCGAAGGACUCGCAAUCGCUGAGCCGCGGGACAGGAUGUGUAAGGACGCGGAACUACCGUUACUUCUACUACUACAACUACAACAUCAACGACUGGUGGCGGAGAUGGUGGCGCUGCCUGAGCAGCGGCGCCUUAUAGUGCCUGCGGAAAGUAAGCGGUCGGUGGAGGGGAUGCGAAUCGAACGAGGACGAAACACUAAUAAUAGCUAAAUCGGAUGCGAUUACGAUGCAUAAUGCAUAGUAGGUGUGGCAAGGGCCGAACGAGAGACACAGCUAAACACACAGAAAUCCACGGAAUACGAAUUAAACGAAACGUAAAACAGAAACCACUUAAAUAUUUAUGGUCCUCUUUCAAACGAAAUAAAAACAAGCAUGAAUUAAUUAUAAAUCUCUAUUGAAACAAAACCAAAAUAGCAUAUUUUAUUACAACUAGAACAAAGAAUAUGAAUAUUUAAUUAAACAAAAAGCAACUGCCACAAGAAUAGGUUUUUUAGAUAAACGAUAACGGAAGUAUAAAAGAAAAACAAAAAAAAAAAAAAAAACCAAAAACAUUUAACAAACGCA